AUGCCUCCCGUGUUUUCCCUUUCAGGUGGCCCUCACAUGACUGGGUUCCUGGGACAGAAGUUCGACUUCACAGGAGAGGAUGGAGGGUGGUACUCCAUCAUCGCCGACUCCAACAUGAACGUGAACAUGCGGGUCACUUCCCCGUCGUCGACCUGCCCGAGAUCACCUACAUCACAGAGAUUGGGGGCGUACUCGAGCGCCGUACUCGAGCGCCGCCUUUCCGUCCUCACCACCGACGCAGACGGGUCCGACCACAGCAUCGUCAUCGAGGUCGCCGAGCCCCACAGCUUGGACAGUUCUUGUCCGGCAGGCGUUUCGCCUUGCCUCGCGGACGGCGCGCUGAGGGUGCUCCUCGACGGGGACGAGGCGCUGUUCGCCCACGGCACGGUUUCCCUGGGCCUAGGCGUGGAAAUCUCUGCGGUCAACCUCCCCGGCGCCUGCCGCUCGUUCGGCUUCGAGAAGUACUGGGAGCACAAGAAGCUCGAGUACGCCACCGGCGGCCGUCAGCUGCGCACCCAGCCGAGCAUGGGCGAAUGGAUCCUCGGGGACCCUACGGCUACCAACAUGGACGAGUGUGUGGAGUACGUGGCGCGCGCUGAGGCCGAAGAGGGUGGGAUGUUUGCCCACCAGUCCGAGCACGCCUCCUUCCAGAUCGUGACCCCCGCUGCCACCGUCCGCCUGAGCCACGGCAGGCUUCACCAGAUCGCCAUGCGUGACCCGACCGACCAGUACGACCUCCCAGACCACCUGACCUGGCAGAUGAACCUGGCCGUUGACCACAACCAGGUGAGCUAUGCUGCCAAGGGCAUCCUCGGCGAAACAUUCGUGCCGACUCGUGACGCCAGCGGUAAGCCCAUCAUGACCGGCAUGGAGGCCAUCCGCGGAACGGAGGAAGACUGUAAGUGUGGCGGGAACGUGAUGAUGAACGUUCAGUACGUGUGCACGCUCAGUGCCUUCAAACUGCCUGAUCAAUUUGACACAGACCUAAUGCAUCUUGAAGCCUGA